GUGGGCGGAAGUAGAAGCGGGUUGGUUGAUCGCCGUGUUUCCUUGCGCAACCCCGAAGACUCGUCCGGGGCAGCGGGUGCCAGGUAACUGUCAGAAGAAGCAGGCAGUCCGACCAAACGAUGGGGAGCGAGGAUCGAACCCAGGGGUGGGAAACUCGUUGCUCUUUGCAAGACGUGCAGGGGAUUCCACUGCUGGGACCCAUUGCAACUCACUGGAAAAGGGUGGAGACAUUUAAGGCAUUUCCAGAAGAUGUCAUAAUUGCAACGUAUCCAAAGGCAGGAACAACAUGGACCCAAGAGAUAGUGGAUUUAAUCUUUAACCAUGGGGAUGCGGACAAGGUUAGACGGGCUCCAACACACUUCCGUAUGCCUUUCCUGGAGAUGACAGCCCCGAAUCCAACUUUGUCUGGGCUCACACAGCUGGAGACUAUGGAGCCUCCCCGGAUCAUCAAGACUCAUCUUCCUAUCCAGCUCCUUCCUAACACUAUCUGGGAGGCUGGAUGCAAGAUCAUCUAUGUAGCCAGGAACCCUAAAGACAGCGUGGUGUCCUAUUUUCACUUUGACCAUAUGAAUCUGAUUCAGCCUGAGCCCGGACCCUGGCCUCAGUACCUGGACAGGUUCAUGAAGGGAAAGUUGGGCUGGGGUUCUUGGUAUGACCAUGUGAAGGGUUACUGGAAGGAGAAGGAAAAGAAGAAUAUCCUCUACCUUUUCUAUGAAGACAUGAAGGAGUAUCCUUUCAGGGAGAUCCAAAAAAUCAUGGAAUUCCUCGGUUACCAACUCUCCGGUGAAGUGGUGGGUAAAAUAGCACAGCUGACAUCAUUUGCCGCCAUGCAAGGAAACCCCAUGGCAAACUACUCCUCUGUACCGGACACCAUCUUCAAUCGACAGGCCUCACAGUUCUUAAGAAAAGGGGAAGUGGGUGAUUGGCAGAACCACUUCAGUGCAGAGGAAGAUGCAGCGUUUGAGGCGCAUUACAUCACAGCGAUGGCCGACUGCAGCAUUCCGUUUCGCUUCUUGAUUUGAGAAACGUUUCCAGUGCUGUCAUCUGUUUAGUCUACCCCCUCCAGUGAGGGCAGUUUCCUGAGGGAUCCCGAGUAGAGACUCUUAUUUUGGCAUGCAGACAGUGAUGUCAUGAUAAAUCUGGUUUAUGUCACUCCUCACUGCAUAUACUUGGAAACCUUUUACGCAGUCUGUGGCAGCAAAUAACACCUCGUUUUUGCUACACAAAAUCACCCACAACUCACGUAUGAGCUACACGCUUGUUAACAUAAAUGUUUUACAGCUUGAAGCCCUGUUUUUAUAGAAUAUAGAACUUUAUCAUUGUUAUUUAUAGACUUUGUUAUCAGUUAACCUUUGUAAGGGCAACAUUUUAAAACGCAGUUUGUAAUUCACCUUCCAUUAAUGACUUUGUAUUUUGAUGUUUUGGUCUGGAACACUUGAUCAUUACGUUACUGCACCUUUGAUUAACUUCUUGUGAUGUCUGAGAUGAAAUGUCUUGUCCAUUUGUCCCGACACUUGAAUACA